AUGCCGCAGAUUACUGAGAUCUUCUUCGACUGCGACAACACCCUCGUCCUCUCGGAAGAGCUGGCCUUCGAGGCGUGUGCCGAUCUCGCCAAUGAAAUCUUGGAAAAGCAGAAUAUCCCGGAUCGCUACACAGGAGAGCAGCUUAUCCAAGAUUUUGUGGGUCAAAACUUUCGAGGAAUGAUGGUCUCCCUCCAGGCCAAGUACAAGUUCGAGUUGUCACAGGAGGAGCUCGAGGAAUAUGUGAAGAAGGAGGAGGACAAGGUCAUCGCCAAGCUGACUGAAAAAGCUCAGCCAUGUGUGGGUGUUAACGCUGAACUUGACAAGCUUCUCGAGUCCAAGAAGUAUGGUCUAGCAGUGGUCUCUUCGUCUGCUUUGCGCCGUGUCCGUGCUUCGAUCACGAAGGUCGGACAGGACAAGUAUUUCGACAAAGAUGCCGUGUUCAGCGCAGCCACCUCUCUUCCCAAGCCAACUUCGAAGCCGGAUCCGGCUAUCUACAUCCAUGCCCUCGAAGUGCGCAAGAAGAAGCCCGAAGAGGUGGUCGCUGUCGAGGACAGCAAGUCUGGUGCACUCAGUGCCAUUCGUGCUGGAAUCCCAGUCAUUGGUUAUGUCGGAAGCUACCACGGUGACGCCAAGCAGUUGGAAAUGUCCCAACUUUUGCAAGGGCUGGGUGCCAAGGUUAUCAUGAAGGAUUGGAGCGAAUUCCAGAAAUGUCUCUCCGAAAUCGAGGAGUCCUGA